AGCCAGUGAAGCAUCCAGCCAGCCUUCCGAACAAGCCUGCUUUUAGGGUCAGGAACUGGUCUGACAAGAGAAUGGAAAUCCUGCCGUAAACUGUCACUGGGACCAGGACAGAAGACGAUGAUUCCACCACAGGUGAUGGCUCAUGGGCGAAACACGGACCGAGAGAAUGUGAAGACAUAGUUCAGGACAUUGUGAGUGCUAUUAAAGAUGUCUGAUAGUGUCGAUAUUGAAGAGAAACCACCAGCCCCUCCCUUGAGAAUGAACAGUAGUUCCAGAGACUCUUCAUCAGUGAAUCCCGCCUCUAAACCACUUCCAAUGGCGCCUGAAGAGAAAAUCAAGAAAGUGCGCCUGCGCUCCAUCUUCCCUGGAGGAGAUAAGACAAACAAGAAGAAGGAGAAGGAGCGUCCCGAGAUAUCGCUUCCUUCCGACUUUGAACACACCAUCCAUGUGGGCUUUGAUGCAGUAACAGGAGAAUUUACAGGCAUCCCAGAGCAAUGGGCGCGCCUCCUACAGACCUCCAACAUCACCAAGCUGGAGCAGAAGAAGAACCCACAGGCUGUGUUGGAUGUCCUCAAGUUCUACGACUCCAAAGAGACAGUCAACAACCAGAAGUACAUGAGCUUCACCUCAGGAGACAAGUCAGCCCAUGGUUACAUAGCAGCAAACACUCUGAACCGACUGCUGUCAUCUGGGCCUCCUGUCAGCCUUAGAACCUGCAGCGCAUUAUUUGACAAGCAGGGUGCCAAAACAUCAACGUCAGAACCCCCGAUUGCUCCACCUGUGUCAGAAGAGGAGGAUGAGGAAGAAGAGGAGGAGGAAGAGGAGGAAGAGGAGGAAGAGGACGACGACGACGAACUGCCCCCUGUCAUAGCGCCUCGUCCCGAGCACACCAAAUCUAUCUACACGCGCUCAGUCAUGGACCCGGCCAAGCCUCCCACUCCCAUUAAAGAGGUUGUGACACCACCCGAGUCACAGGUCCAGCCCGACAACACUUCGAGCACAAUGUAUCGUCACACUGACCGCCAAAGAAAGAAGUCCAAAAUGACGGAUGAGGAGAUUCUGGAGAGACUCAGGAGUAUCGUGAGUGUGGGGGAUCCCAAAAAGAAGUACACACGCUUUGAGAAAAUAGGACAAGGAGCUUCUGGCACUGUGUAUACCGCCAUCGACAUAGCAACCGGCCAAGAGGUUGCCAUCAAGCAGAUGAACCUGCAGCAGCAACCCAAGAAGGAGCUGAUCAUCAAUGAGAUCUUGGUGAUGAGGGAAAACAAAAACUCAAAUAUAGUGAACUACCUGGACAGUUACUUAGUAGGGGACGAGCUCUGGGUAGUUAUGGAGUAUUUGGCCGGUGGCUCAUUGACAGAUGUCGUGACUGAGACCUGCAUGGACGAGGGCCAGAUUGCAGCAGUUUGCAGAGAGUGUCUUCAAGCGUUGGACUUCCUACACUCCAACCAGGUGAUCCACAGAGACAUAAAAAGUGACAACAUUCUUUUGGGGAUGGAUGGAUCUGUCAAACUCACCGACUUCGGCUUCUGCGCCCAGAUAACUCCAGAGCAGAACAAGCGCAGCACAAUGGUGGGAACGCCCUACUGGAUGGCACCAGAGGUGGUGACACGUAAGGCCUACGGCCCAAAAGUGGACAUCUGGUCUCUGGGAAUCAUGGCCAUUGAAAUGGUGGAGGGAGAACCUCCAUAUCUAAAUGAGAAUCCUCUCAGGGCGUUGUACCUGAUAGCCACCAAUGGGACACCUGAGCUCCAGAACCCAGAGAGACUGUCGUCCGUCUUCAGAGACUUCCUCAACCGCUGCCUAGAGAUGGAUGUAGACCGCAGAGGUUCUGCCAAGGAGCUGCUUCAGCAUUCGUUCCUCAAGCUGGCCAAGCCUCUGUCCAGCCUGACGCCUCUGAUUGUAGCUGCCAAGGAAGCCAUAAAGAACAGCAGUCGCUAGGGGGCGCCCUCUGUCUUGUCAGCACAAAGUGCGCAGGGGGGCUGUGUGGAGCUCUGUGACUCCCCUUCUCAAACGCCUCCACCUCUCCAACAACACCCCCCAGGCCACCCACAGUACGUCAGACGAACGGUGGCCUUGCAGCCUCUCGGCACCGUGCUGCUAAAAAUACCUUUUUGUUUACGUCUUCAGCACUCUGUACAUGUAGAGCAGUCUGUCACUAGUGUGUGUGUGUGUGUGUGCGCGCGCGUGUGCGUGCACAUCUGUCUAGUUUCAUGUGGGGGGAACAAUUGCUUCCAAACCAAAAAUGAGGGGGGGAAAGACCCUCAAAGAAGAGCUUUUGGUAGAGUGUACUGUUCCUCUGGUGUUAUCAGUGUGGAGAACCCAUCCAUGCCUGCAGUGGCCUCUCAAGAGAGUCACUCCAGGACCCAAACUGUGCUCGUAUGGCUGUGGAGAGGCUGAUGGUGGCUGUGUGUGCGUGUGUGUUACAAGGGGAAAGCCAUGGUUGGCCAAAGUUGGAUUUGAGCAUUCGUCAUUGAGCCUGCUUCAUUUUCGCAUAGCAUUGCCUUUAUUUAAUCAUAGUCAACUCUUUGCCAUUUUCAGUGUAAUAUAUUUGACCCAAAUCGGACUCCAUUUCAAAUCAAAAGAGAAAAUAUUUAAUAUUGAAUACUGCAUAAGGAUAUGGUUAGCCUUGAUCCUGUGUGCUUUUACUCUCAUAUUAACAUUCAUAUUUAGUUGAUAUGCAUGUGCAUUGCCAAUUUUAUACCUCAUUUAAUAUUUCAUUGAUUAUUUUAAAACGCAUGUACAAAUGCUCAGUAGCAUCUUUUGUUGCAAUUUAUACACUAUAAGUCUUUGCUAAUCAUAGCAGCACCACCACCACUGGGUUUUUAUGUGCCUCUGUGGUUUACAUGUUUAUUAUUACUUUCGCAACCUGAAGACAAAUUUAAACAGCUGGUUAUUACCUUGGUGAUCAACACUAAACUCUUAUAAUGUAAAUGACUCCUCUAUUGGUUGAGGAAUCUCACUCUGAAGGCAUUUUACAUUGCGAGUCGAUAAAAGAUUGAACAUGCCUGCAUACAUUUUACAGUUAACUUUAGCAGUUGUAUUCUUCAUCUUAUUGGCUAACAAAAAAAGGGUCACCCUAAAUUAAUUAUUCUAAAUGAUCAAUUGUGUAAUUAUAAUUGCACCUCACUGUGAUCAGUGAAAGACUGAAAUGCCACAUUUGCUUACAUUCAACUCUGCACAAAUUCUACACAGUAUCCAGACUUGUUUAUUUUGGUGUAUCCCCACGCGCUCUUGUCUUCCUAUCUUUUGUGUGGCAUAAUCCUGGGUCUCUCAAUUAUUGUGAGGUCCACACAAGGAAAUACUAGGAUGAGCCCCUUUCAUCCUUUUAUAUGAUGUGUUUAUGUACCUACGUACGUGUGCGUGUGAGCACGUCUCCGAGGGCUACCUCAGUCUGCAAGAGUCCAUUCCUCCACCGUGAAAUCAAGGUGUAGGGGAUCACCCACAUUUUUGUACCUCCAUUGUACAGCAAAGGUCCACAAGAUGGAGUGAUGUGACACACGAGUCGUGCAUGUAAAACAACCAACUAACUAUACACUGUAUCUCAUCAUUCAAAUAGGUUAAGAUUGUUAAGUUAUGUACAGUGACUAUCAAACGUCUACACAUUGUUAGGUUAUGUACAGUGGCUAUCAAAUGUCUACACACCCCUGUUUCAAUACCGGGUUUUGGUGAUAUAAGAAUGAGAACAAGAAAAGUUAUUUCAAAACUUCCAUUAAUGUGACCUAUAAUUCUUAUUUGUUUCCCUCACAUUUUUCACACCCAAGUUAACAGAUUGGAGUCUGCUACUUGGUGGUAACAGAUCUAUUCUACAACAUACAGCCUCUCAUUAAUAUAGAUGGCUAGAUAGUGUAGAAAGACACUGUAUAGUGUCGAAAGAUACUGUAGAUAGAUUUUAGAUAGUCUUACCCUCUUUGUAUAAGUUAUACAACUCAAUUGACAAAAUAUAUUUUUUUUUUUCAAGAGGGGAAAUGGGUGGUUGAAUGUGUGAACAUCCUCUAAUAACUGGGGAUGCGACUUUGUUAACUAAUCACAUUCAAACGCAUGUUUAAUGGGAGACAGACACCUGCCACCAUUUAAAGUGCCUCUGAUUAACCCCAAAUAAAGUUAAGAUGUUCGAGUAGGCCUUUCCUGACAUUUUUUUCUUGCUAUUAGUAGCCCAAAGGUUUUGUGCUAACACUGACUGGUAUUUGAAAGUGUUCAUAAUUCCCUCCAAGAUUAAGGCCCAAGGUCCGCUGAAGAAGAAAAACAAAAUUGGUUUCAAAAUUUUGCAAAAACACUUGAAAUCUCCCAAAUGCAUGUGAGAAAAUGCGUUAUGGUCUGUUUAAACCCUGUUUGAGCUUUUUUACCAUAAUUUCAAAGUGGCACAAACACAACAAUGCUCUUCACCAAAAGAACACCAUACAUACAAUGAAGCAUGUUGGUGGCGACAUCGUGUUUUGGGGCAGGGGGUUCUUUCCCAGUUGGAACUGGGAUCUUAGUCAAGGUAGAGGGAAUUAUAAAUGGUUAGAAAUACUGCUCAGUUGGAAUGGGUUAAUUUUGAACACAGUCACAUCCCUAGUUGUAAGAGUGUGUGCACCACAUUAUCUCAGUUGUUUAUUUUUACUUCCCGGCUUGUAAAUAUACUUUUUAUAAAUUCAGGUGUACUUGUUAAAGGUCACAUUAAUGGUGGAGAAGGUUUUGAACUGAUUUAUGUUCUCAUUUUCUAUACCUCGAAAACCUAGCAUUUGAACAGGGGGUGUAGACUUUUUACAUGCACUGUACAGUAUGUAUGUAAAUAUGACAGAGGAAACCACCCCCUCUUAACCCCCUUUCAAAUUUAUGUAACUUAAAAUAAGACAUUUCAGGUUGCUUUAUGGUACGCAACAGUCAAUGUUUAGCGUUGUGCAAAUGGAACAAAAGAAGAACACGCGCACCCUCUGCACUCCGGGGUUCCCAUUUUGGGCCAAUCAGACCGGACACACCUUCAUGUGGCCAGUGCACUGAUGAGUGCAUUAGUCAGUGUGUAUGUGUGCGGUGAGUGUGGCUGGCCUGUGUGGACGCUUCACGCGAAAGGCCCAAGUCUAGCCCAUGUACAGGCGCGGACUGUGAGCACAAAGGGUGGCGACGCCUGUGACGUGCCGCCUUCCCUUUUCUGUGGUUGACCUGUACAUUUCUAUCUUCUGAAUGUGUCAUUCUGUACACGUGGUGUGAAAAUUCCUCUAUUAAUGUGUAUCAAGAGAAUGGAACAAAGACAAAAAAUGUUACUUUUUAAAUUAUUAUCAUUAUUACUACUCUUAUUAUUAUUAUAAUUGUCAAGCUUUGUAAAACUGCUGAUUCAUCUGGCGUACCUCAGCAGGCUGCUCCCCGCUUUGAGAAAGGACAAAAAGCGAGACGGGGAAAUGAGGUUUUGGAUAAACUAUUUUUAAUUGUGGUGGAAGCAAUAGACUUUUUGAACUUCGAAUUGUGCAUGGCUGUGUCUUGAGUGUAAAAAAAAUAAAAUAACGCAGUUUGGGAACUGGACCGAAAUAAAAAGAAACUUGAGUUGCUGUAAUGCAUCAUGGUUAUGUUGAGUUGCAUUCAAGGUGCACUGAUUUUCUUGACUGCAGGUACUGUUGCAAAGGUACGGAAGCCUAUUGCAUUCACUUGGAUUAAAAAAAAACUCAUGUUUUUCUGAGUAAUUUUUUUGAGGUCUUUGUUUUUUUAAAUAUUUGUUUCUGUUUUUCUGACUUAAUUUGCUUUCCACCUGUUUUUCGGACUAUUUUUUUCUGUUUUUCAGACUAAUUUUUUUCUGA